AUGGCCUAAGUGAUCGAUCCAACAAUGACUACAAUUUUAUUCACCAUAAGCAUGUGCACAAGCACUAGUCUGCUUAAACCAGCUAAAAUCCUUUUAAUUUUGACUCAAGUACAUCUUUAUCAAAAAUGGACAGGUAUAUUGAUUCUAAUAGAAAUGAAAAUUUCUCUCCAUACUUUAACGGCCAGUGAAGAAUUAUUCUGCAAAGAGAUUCCAUAUCAGGCAGUCAAACUAGAAAGAGAAAGCAAAGUGCACAGUAAAGAUCUAGCAGCAAAAUCCUUGAAGAUGGUGUAAUGGGCUCAGAUUUAGAUUAUAAAAGAAAUUCUAUAUACAGGGCAUUAGAUGAAUGUAGCGCGGACUCAGAAGAUAAAAUUAAAAAACAGGAACAGCAGACAUCUAUGCUAAUGCCAAAACGCACAAAAAGCACUUCUGCCAGAAGUUUAAACAGCUCUAGUUUCAAUAAAACCCAAGGAAUAAAAGACUCUUCACCUUGCAUAGAAGUCCAUAUUUUUCCCAAAGCCAGAAGAAAAUUAAAAUGCACCCUCUCUUUCAAAUUUACAAUUUAAAUCAAACGAAAUUUCCCCUUGGCUUGAAGAUGCUAGAGCAUCAACUGCAUAAAUUCAUAUAUAAAAGAGAAGUAUCCAUGUCAACACUGAGGGGAAUUCUCCUUAAAGGUUGACAAACUACCCUGCCAAUCUACUGAGGUUUCAAAUUGAGGAUAGGGAUUUAACAAAUAUUCCUCUUAUCAAGCAAGUUAGCAUGGCUAAACUAGUCUUGAGGAGAUAAAAUGAAUUAGUAAAAAAUAAGUAUAAUUUUGAGGGCCCAGAAGUCAGACCUUAAACGACAGUAAACAAGCCAACGUUUGGUAAAAAAUAUUUAUCAAAUAAUUUUCCCUCUGGAGUUUCAACUAAUAUCCUGAUUUAAAAUACAAAUGCAAACAUGAGUAACUGCAACAUUGAAGUAAUGACUCCUAAACAAUAGAAAUUUCUAGAAAAACAGAAGAUUGAGGCUUAAGAGAACAGCAUUAAGAAUGUCAUCAAAUCAGUUAUCAAUGAGCAUAUCGACUUGAAAAAUCCUAAGACCAAGAAUGUUAGAUUUAUAAUGUAAAAGCAAUACAAUCUCUAAUUUGGAAACCAUAAUAAGUCUUCAAAUAAAGAACUUACUCAUCAGAAUUCAAAAGAGGAGAUUGAAAGAGAAAACAACACUUCGCAGAUUGUAUUGAACAAAUUACCUUAAAGAAAUAGAAUUAGUUUUGUCAAUAGAAGCUAGGAGGGAUCCAUUCAUAGACUCACAUAAAUCUUAUAGUAAAGGAUAAAGCAACCAAGCUCGCAUAAGAAAAGUGAGCCGACCAGAAACAUAUACAGUGUCAUAAAUCUGAGUAAUAUUGCAGAUAAGCAGCAGCAAACAUAAAAAUUGGAAAUAAAGCCAAAUACAACAGCUAAUAACUUUAUGAAACGUCAGACAUAGUAAAUUCCAAAUUUAAACUUGCUGAAUGACACUCAAACUUUGCUGAAUACUACUUAACACAAUCUAUCCCCUAGCCACCAAUUUUAGCUCAGUUCUCUUAUGAAUGCAAGAACUCUACCAUGCAUAGAAAGAAGAAAAUACAAAUUUCAAUUAAUGGGUCUGCCAUAAGAUAAGACAGUAUAGAGAUUACAUCCAAUUCUCAGGAACGAAUACUACCUAUAAUAAACAGUGUUGCCUCAACUAAAACUGCAGAACAGCUUCAAAACAUCAAUAGUGCGCAAUAACUCUCAAGUAGCAAGUAUAGAAUUAGAUUAGGGGAUAUUACUAGGUAUCUUUGAUGAAUUCCAUUUUGAUUGGAUCACUUGGUCUUUAAUGGGACUAUGUUAAUCAAAGAAAUCCAUCACUACAAAAGAUGUCAUUUCUGAUUUUACCAAUAUAAAUACUGGCAUACCAGCUGUUGUUAUUUAAGGGGAUACACCAUUAGGAGUUUCUCGUUUUGAGAAAGUUAAAGUACAUGUACAAUAGCAAGUCGAUCCUAAUGCAGUAAUUGAUGAGGAUAUAGAAAGUGAUGAUGAAGAUGAAGAGGUUGUAGAGGAUGAUGAACAAUUUAAUCAGCAUCUAUAUUUGGGAAAGAAAGAAGCAUCCAACUCAGUUCUUGUUGACUACGAAGAUGAUAAUGAAGAAGAAUACUAUGAGGAAGAAGUGGAAGAGGAAUUUGAAGAGAAUGAUGAGCAGUAGCAAAUAUACUUGCAAAAUAAUUACCCCAAAAAUUAUUAAAAACAACAAAACUAACUUCCAAUGGAUAACGAAACUGCUAUUCGAUAGUUAAUCUAGCAAUUGACUCAGCCAAAUUUCAAUCUGAUUGAAUAAUAGAUACAAAAGCAAACUAAUCAUGACUUAUAUGCAACCUAGACAACAAUUAUUUUAAACCCUGGUUAGUUUAGGAGGCCAAAUGAUCUUUAAAAAGAUUACGAAAAAAUCCCAAAUAGACUACAUGUCCCAGAUUCUAUGGCCAAUGAGCAUAAUCCAAAUAUCACGAUCCCAAGUCAACCUACCACGUCUCUUGGACUAGUAGGGCUAUAUAACCUUGGUAAUACCUGCUUUAUCAAUACUGCAAUAUAAUGUUUAAGUGCUUGCUAACCUCUAGCUGAUUACUUUAUUAGUAAUUUGCAUUAUGAGGAAAUAAAUGAUCAGAAUCCAAUGGGGUAUAAAGGGGAAGUCAGCAGAGCAUAUGGUAAAUUAGUGAAGUUAAUGUGGAGAGAUAACUAGCAUACAAAAAUCUACCCAAUAAGAUUCUGUAAAGUUAUAGAAAAAUGGGCACCUCAUGAGUUUAUCAGCUAUUUACUCGACUGUCUUCAUGAAGAUUUAAAUAGAGCCUAUUAAAAUCCUUAGAUAAACCCCCCUCUGAUUAAUUAACCCUUAAAUGUCUCUUUCGACGGAAAAAAUAGUAGUGUACUGCAACAACAAAAACAAGUAUAAACUCAAGUAAAUAUUAAAAAAGCCCCAAAAAUUCCAGAACCUACUAAUCAAAAUGACAGUAUGGUUAUUGGAUAAAAAUAAAGAUUAGAUGAAGAGGAGGCAAUGGAAAGUUGGAAAACUUAUCUAUAAAAAAACAAAUCCGUCAUUGUAGAUUUAUUUCAAGGAUAGCUCAAAUCUACACUUCAAUGCUUAGUCUGUAAUUUUAAGUCAACAAAGUUUGAUUGCUUGAUGUAUCUAUCUGUUCCAAUAGCUAAUUAAAAGGAUCCAAGCAAGCCAAUAUAGCUGUAGGAUUGCCUAGAGGAUUUCAGUAAGCAAGAGAUAUUGGAUAACUAAAAUAAAUGGUAUUGCGAAUAAUGCAAAAAACAUCAGCCAGCUAGUAAAAAGAUAGAUAUUUGGAAAUUGCCGUCUAUUCUAAUAAUAUGUCUCAAAAGAUUCAAGUUUAUGGGAAGAAAUAAAUACCUUAAGAUCAAUGAUAUGGUUAGUUUUCCUAUGAAUAAUUUAGACUUAUCACCUUAUGUGUCUAGUCCUUAAAGGGAGAAGCCAAUGUAUGAUCUGUUUUCAGUUGCCAACCAUGAGGGUUCGAUGACAUAAGGUCAUUACUAUGCUUAUUCUUGGAAUCAUGCAAGCAGGAAUUGGUACUAUUUUAACGAUUAAGAGAUCAAAUUAAUUAAGAACUUGCAGAAGAUUUAGUCACCAGAGGCCUACAUCCUAUUUUAUUCAAAAACUAGCAUCGAAAACUUUUUAAGAUAGACUUUAAGAAUCCCUGACUAUUGGCCACAUGUAGUGGCAGUUGCAGCCAAAACAUUAAGUUCUGUUCGAGGUACUGAUAAGAAAUCUAAAAUGUAGAGACAUAAAAUCAAGCAGUAAAUUCAAAGUCUUAAAAGUUCAUUAUCAUCAUUUGCUCAGAGCGGGGGCUUUAUGACAUCUAAAUAAUAAAAUGAUCUAAUGAUUCACUUCUAGUCUCAAAGUUUCUUAAGUUUCAAUAAAUCAACUGCUCAAAACACAUAGGCUAAGGAUGUGCGCAAAAGAAUUAAAAAGGUAAAGAAGAGAUAGAAUAAUGGCUAGUAUAGUAAUAAUACUCUACAAAAUAGCAUGGAGCCCGGGUAAAAUUUGUUUUUAAAUACCUCUUUACCAUCAAUGAGACAUGCUCCCUCAUCCUCUACCCAUUUAAAUAUUAAUACAAUCAACAUUAAUGGGGACAUCUAUAAUUAGGUAAAUAACUACUAUACUACAGCAAAUAGUGGAGUAUAUCCUGAUGUUGUUAAUUAAAGUCCGAGAAAAAAGAAAAAAAUAGUUAAAAUUAAGAAAAGAAAUAAUGUUGCCAACAACAUGGACAACAUAUUGAAUUCUGACACUAUAAACAUUUAAGACUAAUCUGAUUUAUAAAUUGGUAAAUUACGAAAUCUUAAUAAAAACUCUGAAUUUGAAAACAAUAAAAACACCAACAUCAAUGAUUUGGAUUAACUUGCUAAAGAACUUGGUGUUACUUCAACUGACUAGAAAAAGGAAGAUCCUUACCAGCUAGGAGUUAAUAAUAUAUAUUAAUCUCCGAUAAAGGCGGACUAAACAAUACAUCUUGAUAAUGAGAGCGUGCUUGAUACAUUUGGCUCUCUAAAUCAAACUGCGAAUUUCGGCUCUGGCAAAAGAGCAGUGUCGAAAAUUACAGAUAGCUUACCAAAAUAAAAAACUGAAUCCCAAGAUUAAUAGAAUGAUUCUUCAAAGCGUUUCAUAAGUAAUAAGCUAGCAAAUAAAGAACAGGAAAAAAUGAUUGGAACGUUUGGAAGAUGA